ACCAUUUUUGGAACCACUAUCGUUUUCGAAAACUCGAUGCAUGAUUGUUAUUUCGGUGUUUUCCUUUGUUCGCCCGUCGUACCGCUGCCGUACAUUUUCAACGCCGUGCACUCGCCGACUUACAGCCACAGCCUUUUUUUGAGCGUUUAACGCGCCCCGCUGCCUGGGAAAAACGAUCGCAUUUCGUGCUACAGUGAAGGCACGUCGUCGUUUCGUAGGUGUGUUUGCGACGAUCGCUGUCGUUCUACGGCGUGCAAUUUCCGUUUGCGAAGACGCCGCCGCCACCGCAUGCAAAGGCUAUUUUCCAUCCAUCGUGCGCACGUUACCCACGUCCGUCCACCGUCGUCUCUUAGCCGCCAACGCUGACGCCGCUCGCUGGCAGUUCCGUCAGACCGCCGCCAUUGUUAGUUGUACUCGAUGUCUUAAGACUGGACGAAUUCACGUCAUUCCUUCCCCGUGUUUAGAGGUUGGCCGCCGAAAGUAUUCGAGUUUGCCAGUGACCACUAGCCCUUGCUGAUAAUGUCUACUACCCCAACCCCCCGUAGUCCCAACAAUUCUGGCCGUCGAGGUGUGACUGCGACGUUACCGGCAGUUACCACCGUACAAGCGACUCCGCCAUCAUCGCCGUCCAUUGGUGGCGAAACCACCAAGGAAGUGAAACCAAAUCCAAAGAUGUCUAAAUCUCUUAGCACCUCGACUAAGAGGAUUCAAAAAGAACUAGCUGAAAUUACAUUGGAUCCUCCCCCCAAUUGCAGUGCUGGACCAAAAGGAGAUAAUGUAUUUGAAUGGGUCAGUACAAUUUUAGGUCCUCCAGGUUCUGUGUAUGAAGGAGGAGUUUUCUUCUUAGACAUUCAUUUCACACCUGAGUAUCCAUUUAAGCCUCCUAAAGUGUUAUUUAGGACUCGCAUAUAUCAUUGCAAUAUUAACUCUCAGGGAGUAAUUUGCUUGGAUAUACUUAAAGACAAUUGGUCUCCUGCAUUAACCAUCUCUAAGGUGCUGUUAUCGAUUUGUUCCCUAUUGACUGAUUGUAAUCCAGCGGACCCUCUAGUCGGUAAUAUUGCUACACAGUAUCUACAAAAYCGCGAAGAACAUGACAGAAUUGCCAGGCUGUGGACAAAACGGUAUGCUACAUGAUUGAUCUUCAAACAAACUUAAAAAAAUUGAUAUAUAAAAAUAUACAUGCGAAAAUCCUAAUUCCGUAUUUUAUUAAUGGGUGUUAGCAUGAUAAAAUUUUAAUCAUUAUUAUUUUAUAGUUGGCAUAUUUGAAACCUGAAUAUGAGUCAGUUCCUACAUUUUUUCUUUUUUUUUUCUUAAAACAGUAAUAUUUUAAACACUUACAAGAUAAAAAAUGUUAAAUUAAUUUUAUAUAAUAUGACUUAACUGCGCAACAUAUUAAGGCCACAAUCCAUGAUAAAAUCUCAAUUAAUAUUUUAUUUUUAUUUAAGUUUUAUAAUAGAAAAUGUAUGCUUUUUUUCAUGAAUAAAUUAUCAAU